CUCGUUCGUUUUUUUGUAAGGGGUGUGUUCGUGAGCAAAAGCAGAUUGUUUCCCGGGAAGGAAACUCAUGUAAAGUGUGUGAGGGAGAUAAAGAGCGAAGAGAAAACAGCUUCAUGUUACUGUCGCCCUCUGAAAUAACAUUAAUAAUAUAUAAAACAGAACCGGCCUCUCCCCGAGCGGAAUUUAGUAAACUAAAUUUAAGUAAAGGACUAAAACUGAAGAUCUACGGCAUCGAUAUCCACAGCACUUCACUUUGAACAAGUAACAGAGUGUAAUUUGCAGCCUUCCAUCAUGGCAACAAAUAAUGGUUACCCAACUGACCUCCAACCACAGAAAAAUGCAAUUAAUCCCGCCCCUCCUUAUAACCAGGGACCAGUCAUACCAGGCCAAGGUCAAGUGCCUGUGAUGCCAGUUCCACAAAGACCCGCUGGCUGCCCACCAGGACUGGAGUACCUGACCCAGAUUGAUCAACUUCUUGUACAGCAGAAAGUUGAGCUGGCAGAAGUUAUAUUGGGCUGGGAGACCAAUAAUAAGUACACAGUGAAGAACAGUAUGGGGCAACAAGUGUUCUUUGUGGCUGAGGAAAACGACUGCUGUAAUAGACAGUUCUGUGGACCACUGCGGUCAUUCGUCCUCCAUGUUCAGGAUAACAUGGGACAGGAAGUGAUGACACUCACUCGUCCUUUGAAGUGUGGAAGCUGCUGUUUCCCCUGUUGCCUGCAAGAGCUCGAAAUCCAGUCUCCACCGGGCAGCCCGAUUGGAUAUGUGAUCCAGAAUUGGCAUCCUUUCCUUCCCAAGUAUACCAUACUGAAUGAGAAGAAAGAAGCAGUUCUGAAGAUUUUGGGGCCAUUCUGUUCAUGCAGAUGUUGCGCUGAUGUGAACUUUGAUGUUUUGUCCGUGGACGAAUCAACAAAAGUGGGCAGAAUCGCUAAACAAUGGACAGGUAUGGUGAGAGAAGCUUUCACGGAUGCAGACAAUUUUGGUAUCUCCUUUCCUAUGGAUCUGGACGUGAAGAUCAAAGCUGCUCUUUUCGGAGCAUGUUUUCUCAUAGACUUCAUGUUCUUUGAACACAAUAAAUAACUUUAUUUUCUGGAUGUCUUGUUGAAUUUUGAACUUUUGAACUCCUCCUCAUCUCUCAACAUGUUAACCAUGGAUUCAAAUUUGGAUCACUCAGCUAAAUAUUAUGGACAAGUUAUAUUAUACAUAUUACAAUGUACAUAACAUUAUAGAGUAUAUUCCUUUACUACUGUUCUUGAGCCACCACUAGGUGACAGCAAUUCCCUUUACAAUAAUGUUGAGAUGCUCAAAAUAUUAACUACAAACUAUUAAAAUUUAUUAUUAUUAUUAUUUUAAAAUACAAUAUAAACAAAUUUGUAACAAGCAAAAUGUUAACGACAUAAUUUUUUUUUCUUCGUUAUAAUAAAUAGAAUAAAGUGUUAUAUAUGAACA